AUGGCGGCGGCGGCCGCGGGCGGCGACGGCCCCUCCGCAGCUCGCCGCUUCAACUCCACCUUCUCCUCGCUGCCAACCACUAUCUUCGAGCAGAUGAGCCUGCUGGCGGCCAAGCACCAGUCCACCAACCUGGGGCAGGGCUUCCCCGAUAAUGAGCUGGAAGGGCCGGAGUCGAUGAAGAAAGUGAUGAUCUCCCUGUACGAACACUCCAACCAGUACCCGCCGCUCAUGGGCCUGCCCGAGCUGCGGCAGGCAGUGGCGGCGCACAGCGCGCGCCACGCGGGCAUCCCGGUUGACUGGCAGGCGGAGACGCUGGUGACAGUGGGCGCCACCGAGGCGCUGGCGGCGGCCUUCCUGGGGUUGCUGGAUGCUGGGGAUGAGGUGAUCUUCUUCGAGCCCCUGUACGAUUCUUAUGUGCCCAUGGCGCGACGGGCGGGAGCAAUACCGCGGAUCGUGCAGCUGUAUCCGCCCGCCUGGAGCAUAGAUGCAGCGGAGCUGGAGGCAGCGUUCAGUCCCCAGACCAAGCUGCUAGUGCUCAACACUCCGCACAACCCUACCGGCAAGGUGUUUGGGGCAGAGGAGCUGCAGCUGAUUGCCGACCUGUGCCAGAAGCACGACUGCCUGUGCCUGCUGGAUGAGGUGUAUGAGCACUUGGUGUUCCCCGGCACCCGCCAUACCAGCCUGCAGAGCCUGCCAGGCAUGCGGGAACGCUGCUUGCGGGUGGGAUGGCUGUCAGGCCCGCACGAUUUACUGGCAGCAGUGACCAAAGCGCACCAGUUCCUGAUCUUCACCGUGCCAUCAGCACUACAGCGGGCGGUGGCAUAUGGGCUGGAACAGGAGGAAGCUUUCUGUUGCGGGCUGGGGGCGGCACUGAGCAAGAAGCGGCAGCUGCUGGAGGGCCAGCUGGCAGAAAUUGGGUUCGCAGUGCUGCCCGCCCAGGGGACGUACUUCCUGGUGGCAGACUUUGCGGGGCUGCUGCCGGCCGGUAGCAGCGAGGACGAUGUGCAGUUCUGCCACCGGCUCACGGUUGAGGCAGGGGUCACCCUCAUCCCUGUCAGCGCCUUCUACGCCGACAGGGCCGCCACGCCGCGCACCCUGGUCCGCUUUGUGUUUUGCAAGACUGACGAGAAGCUCAACACGGCCUGCGGCAAGCUGCGCACCUACUUCGGCCGGCAAUAGCAGCUGGGGGCAGCUGCGUGUGUGUGUGUGUGUUUUACAGGGAUUGGGCACAUUAAUGUGCUGGGGCC